AUGAACUUACAUUGGGCUAUCACGUUUAUGUUCUUCCUUAGUGCCAUUAUUGAUCUAAGCCACGGCGAAUCUCGACCGUUGAGUGUUCUGUCUACGCUGUGUGGCCAUGGAGGAAGGAUUCCGAAAAUUCCGCCUCCUCCAAAAGCUCUAUAUAAAGGCGUGAAGCCAAACGAGCCCUAUCAGGAAGGGUCGCCGGAAGUCACAUUGCCGCCAAAAUAUUUUUUCAAUUCCGGCAAGAGAUUGGUGCCGACGGGCCCCAACCGGGAAGAGUCGCCGGAAAUUCCAUCGCCGCCAAAAUAUUUUUUCAAUUCCGGCAAGAGGUUGGUGCCGACGGGCCCCAACCGGGAAGAGUCACCGGAAAUACCAUCGCCGCCAAAAUAUUUUUUCAAUUCCGGCAAGAGAUUGGUGCUGACGGGCCCCAACCGGGAAGAGUCGCCGGAAGUCCCAUCGCCGCCAAAAUAUUUUAAAAAAGAUAAAUUUUAG